AUGAAUGAAGAAAAGACUGAUGAAAAUAAAAAUAAUUCCGUAAAAACAAAUGAAAAGAAAAGAAAUAAUAAGUUGUCUUCCUCGGCUCAAAAAUUACUAGAAAAGAAUUCUUUAAAAUUACAAGAAUUAAUUGAAGAAAGUUAUAAAAAUUGUAUAAAAAAAAGUGAUAGAGAUCAAUUCAGGCAAUAUACACCUAGAAUGUUAUGGGGGAAUCCAUGUAAAUAUUUUCCUACUACUCCAUUAUCUGGAUUUCAAAGCCCUCAAUUAUUUGAAAAAUUUCACUUAGAUACCUUAUUUUUUAUAUUUUAUUAUCAACCGGGGACCUAUCAGCAACAUUUAGCAGCUAAAGAAUUAAAAAAAAAGUCAUGGAAAUAUCACAAAAAAUAUACAACUUGGUUUUUGCCUUACGAUAAUAAUGUUAGAGUUGUAAAUGAUAAAAUGGAACAAGGCAACUAUUUAUCAUUUGAUUAUGAAUCAACUUGGUCUAAACAACUUAAAAAAGAUUUUUCUUUUGAAUACAUAUACUUAGAGGAUGAAAUAGCUGUCUAA